UUAAAGACAUUCAACGGCAGCAGGACCGCCACGACGCAAAACGCUUCUUCACACUCGUUGAAGCGCUUGGAAGCAGAGAUCUCUCUGUUUCUCAUUCUCUCUCGAUAAAAGCGGCGCCGGCCGUCGAUUCCUUCCCUCAGCACAACAAUUCUCUCCGUUUUUCAGCGAUCACCAACUCGUGUUCCAAUGCAUUCCCACUCUUUCUCUUCAUCACGCCGGUUUUGAAGGUCAACCGCGUGGAGCAACUGCAGCCGAUUAUUCUACCAGUUGGUUGAGGAUCAUCGUCACAACUACCGCAUGACGUUGGCGCUUGUCGAUACAUCCAUUUUUCCACGCUCCUCAUGUUCUCAAAAGCAUUGGCGUUUACCAAAGACGUUCGGGACUUGGCUUUCGAAAUGUUCCCGAGCCAAGCCGAAGCUGGUUUGAAGGAGGCUCCCGGUGCCAAAACGUCGCCGGAUAAGGUUCUCGUCGCCGUCAAGGCCGAGAGAGUGAUAUCCAAAUCUGCACUGGCUUGGGCUCUUACUCAUGUAGUCCGUCCCGGAAACUGUAUAACGCUACUCGCCGUCUUCUCCGUCGAGAAAACUGGUCGGAGAUUCUGGAAUUUUCACAGAUGGAGCGGGGACUGUGCGAAUGCUGUUGAAGAAAAUCUGCCGGAUCGGGUACACGAGAUCUCAGAGUCUUGUUCCCAGAUGGUGCUUCAUUUCCACAAUCAAGUUGAGGUUCAAGUAAGGAUUAAAGUGGUCACGGGAACCCAGGGAGGAGCUGUAGCUUCUGAAGCCAAGUUAAAAGGAGUUAACUGGGUCGUACUAGACAGGAAAUUGAAGAAUGAGGUGAAGCAUUGCAUGGAAGAACUAAGCUGCAAUAUUGUUACAAUGAAAGGGUCUCAACCGAAAGUUCUCAGGCUUAAUUUGGAGUGCUGGAGUGAACCUCAAACUCCUUUCUUUUCUGCUAACUCUUCUCCUGUUCGAAAAGGGCAACAAAAUAGGAUGAAGCAGACAACUCCACUAGCAAGCAGACAAGAAGAAGAAUCUCGUGCCUCAUUCAGAAAAUCCUCAAAAGAAGGAGCAAAAUUGGGUACUGAUGCAGUGUCCUCUAUUUUCCUUGUAUAUGAGCAAAACCCUCUAUUUGAAGGAAAUUUAAAAGGAAAUUACUUGCCAAUUAAUGAGAAUAACGAUUUAAGCAUUUCAGUACCUUCAUCCAACUCAAUGGAAGAAAAGGUUCUCUCUCUACCAAGGGCUCCUCGAACAUCUGUGGCUUCAGAUAAAAAAUGUGUCUAUUGGAUUUCUCAGAAUCAAAAUAUUUCUGAUGGAAAAACUUUAUCCAAGUCCAAAAGAAGAUUCCUCAGAUUUGCUUCAACUCCUAAGGUGCCACUCAGCAAUCCUACGAAUCUUGAGAAAAGUAUAACUUUUGAAGAUAUCAGGCUCAACCAGUCUGAGAGAAAAGACUACAUUGUGGACUCGAGUAUCCGAGAUGCUGUCUCUUUGGGCAGAGCAUCCUCAGCACCUCCUCCUCUGUGCUCAAUAUGUCAACACAAGACGCCGGCUUUUGGAAAACCUCCCAGACAGUUCUCUCUCAAAGAGCUUGAGGAAGCUACUGACAGAUUUUCUGAUAUGAACUUCUUGGCAGAAGGCGGGUUCGGAAUUGUUCAUAGGGGAAUCUUGAGAGACGGUCAGGUUGUAGCUGUGAAGCAGUUAAAAUGUGGAGGCUUACAGGCAGAUGCUGAUUUUUGCAGGGAAGUUCGGGUGUUGAGUUGUGCACAACACAGAAAUGUAGUAUUGCUGAUUGGGUUUUGUAUUGAGGGCAUGAUGAGGUUAUUGGUUUAUGAGUACAUAUGCAAUGGUUCAUUGGAUUUCCAUUUACAUGGAAACGGAAGCCAGUUAGAUUGGCAUUCAAGGCAAAAGAUAGCAAUAGGAGCAGCACGGGGUUUACGCUAUCUUCACGAAGACUGCAGAGUUGGGUGUAUAGUGCAUAGAGAUAUGCGACCUCACAAUAUCCUCCUGACGCAUGAUUUUGAACCCUUGGUUGCUGAUUUCGGGCUGGCAAGGUGGCAUUCUAAAUGGUCUACCAGUAUUGAGGAGCAAGUCAUUGGAACUUCAGGGUAUUUAGCACCAGAGUACAUCAAUGGCGGUAUGGUAUCACAUAAAGUGGACGUAUAUGCAUUUGGAAUGGUUUUAUUAGAGUUGAUAAGUGGUAGAAGAAGCUAUGAGCUGCACCGUCUAGAGGGAAAACAAUUCAUAACCGAAUGGUUCAACCCCAUCUCUGCAUUGCAAAUUCAGCAUUUACUAGCUAGUAGUAACCAUUUGGUAGAUCCAUGCUUGGCCUCCGAGCAAUCCCCCGACUUCUGUUAUCAAUUACACGCGAUGGUCCGUGCUGCUUCCCUGUGUCUAUGUCCAGAUCCUGAAUCAAGACCCUCCAUGUCAAAGAUUCUCCGAGUGCUAGAAGGAGGAGAUCCAGUCAUUCCUCUUGGUUUGGACUUUGAUCCAGUCGGCUGUAGAAGUGCACAUUUGGAUGGUCUGUCAUCUCACAAACAAAUCGAAGCAAGAAGAAGCCAUACUCGUACACUCUCACAAUGAACCAAAAGAGAGAAAAAAAAAAGAAAAAAAAAGAAAAAAGAGAUUCAGUUUUGAAUAGUAAAAGUAUGAAAUUUUACACUUCCACUCCCAUUUUUUUCUUCAACUGAUUAUAGUCACACUAAAUUAGGUACUACUUGUAAAAUGUGAAAUAUUGCGUCUUUCAUGCCUGUACAAUUGAUUGGUAUAUGGAACUCCUAGAUCAGCUUAGAGAUUGAAUCUCAAAA